AUGCAGUUCUCCAUCGCCACUCUUCUCGCCAUCGCGGCUGCUGCCCCCUUUACCUCCGCCGCGGGUCUCCUCACCCGUCCCAAGGCCAACGAGUACAAAGACACCAACUGCAAGGACUGGAACUACGGCCACAACUCCUUCCUCCUCUACGACGUCACCAUGGACGACACCACCAACUCGGUAUACCUGACCAACGGGUACUCGGUCGAUGGCAAGUCGAAGGGCUGGUACGGAUACUCGGAGAAGAGCAAGGACGGUGGUCUCUGCAAGGGCGUCAACCUCGGCCGUAUGCCGGAGGGUUGCGUUAAUAUCAACGAGGUGGCUAAGCUUGUGGGGAGGGUCAAGUGUGUUCAGUCGAUUAACGUCUAA